AUGGCGAUUUCGAGAGGAUUUCAACUAUUGCUAGCACUCCUUGCGGUUGCGACCGUUGUUUCUGGAGCGAAGAAGCUAAAAGACGGCAGUCGCUGUUUGCUUUCACCAACGUUAAAGCCCAUCGUCGAGUGUGAAGGCGGGCCAGCCACGUGUCUUGUAAUGCGGACGCCGAAACCUGGAAAUCCGUACGGUCGCUACAAAGGAGUCUGCAACAGCACUUAUGAAAAGGGUCUGUACUGCGCGUUCAUGUCGCAACCCUACGCAGUGGGAACGCGCGGCAUCCUCGGCAGCAGCAGCUGCGAGCGGUGCAAUUGCAAGGCGGUGCCGGUGCUGAUCCCGGGGGGGAAGGAGAUCGUGCGCAUGGAGGCGCAGUGCGUGUGCCCCGAGGUGCAGUGUCGGACCAACUACCGUGGUACCAGCAUCCGCCGAUUCGCGUGCCCGCCGCUGCAGCAAACGUGUCUGAUCAAUCGAGUGGGGCGGGGCGGCGUUGACAGCGAGGGGUACAGGAGCGACGUUGGCACAUGUGUAGCGCCGCAAGACGCUUUCAGAGCCACCAACUGCAGCAGUGCGGGUCCCACAUGGGGCAUGAAGUG